AUGCGUCUUGUACAAUACGGAGAUGAUACUCCUGCUCGCUGGAUGACAGAAUCCGAUAAGGAAGCGUUGCUCCGAGCAGGUGUCCGUUAUAUGGACAUCACUGACUACCCUGAAGCCCUAGUUAGCUCCCUUGAUAACUGGCAACCAUACAUUCCUGAAAUCACCAGGUACUCGGACGAAGCUGCUCCGUAUAUUGGCAAUCUGACUGUUGCACCUAUGAAGGAGUUCUUGCAAAAGUUCACUAGCUUUAAUACUCGUUACUAUAAGUCAAAGACUGGUGCAGAGUCGUGCCGUUGGUUGCUCAGUCAACUGAAGGAAGUUUCAGCCGGCGCUAGUCAUGUGACUGUGAAGGAGUUUAAGCACAAGUGGGAUCAAUUCUCUAUCAUUGCUCGUUUUGAAGGCAGCAAUGAAGACCUUAAGGAUGAAUUAGUCAUUGUUGGUGCUCAUCAAGACUCAGUCAACAUGUGGCUCCCAUCCUUUGGCCGUUCCCCCGGUGCUGAUGACGAUGGCAGUGGUAGCACUUCUAUCUUUGAGGCUUUCCGCAGCUUGUCCCAGAAUGGUUUCAAGCCCGAGAGACCAGUCGAGUUCCAUUGGUACAGUGCUGAAGAAGCUGGCCUUUUGGGAAGUCAGGAUGUAUCGCGCGCUUAUGAAAAAGAUGGCAAGCGCGUAGUUGGUAUGCUCCAGACUGAUAUGACUGGCUACAUUGGUGCCAACGGAGAAGUUAUUGGCAUUGUCACUGACCAUGUGGACGAGAAGCUCACUGACUUCCUCAAGGCUACUGUGGACGAGUAUGCUGAUAUUCCUUACGUUCUUACCGAAUGCGGAUAUGCUUGCAGUGAUCAUGCUUCCUGGCGCAAGAUUGGUUUCCCUUCUGCUUUCCAAAUUGAAACCGCAUUUGAUGACUCUAACCACUAUAUCCACACCACUGGUGAUACCAUCGACAAGCUUUCCUUUGACCACAUGAAGGAGUUCUCAAAGGUCGCUGUUGGAUUUGCUGUUGAGUUAUCUCAUUCCCGUUCUGACUAA